ACUGAAUGAAGUGAGCUUCUGGAACUCUGACCUUCGCAAUAUCAGCAAUAUCGAGGCGUGCUCAGACACGUGUCGCACGUGACCCUGUAUCUCGCGAUAUUUCUGCGUCUCUCUUUCACAAUCUUCCGCAAAACACCAUCUUAAGGCACAAAGCGUCUGCUUACUGUUCUCGAUGAAUUCAACUGAUGGUGAACCGACGCAGGACGAGCCCCAGGAUAGUGUUACGACCUCUGAAGCGCAUCAGGCAGACCCAUCCGAACCUCUAUUGGAUGCUUUCAUCGACCACGCAGGGUUGCACUCAGCUCUAGAUAGUCUAGACGCAGCAAACUCUGCCCCGCCAAGAUCUGUCACAUAUCUCAACGGUUUAGCCCUCGUGAUUGGCUUCCAGAUAGGCUCUGGCAUAUUUUCGGCACCUGCUGUCGUGCUGUCAAACGUCGGCUCACCUUUGACAGCCGUGUUGGUGUGGUUCCUGGCUGGAGUUCUAGUAUGGUCUGGUGCAUCAUCCUUUAUUGAACUUGGUACGAGAGUUCCUCAAAAUGGCGGCAUUCAGGAGUAUCUUCGACACUGCUACGGAGAUAUCUACGGGUUCCUCUUUGCUUUGAUCUGGAUCCUUGUAUCACGACCCUGCGCCAUGGCUAUGGUUUCACUUGUUUUCGCCGAAUAUUUGUUCAGGGCAAUUUGGCCAGGAGAUGACCCUUCAGUAUGGAUUUUGAAGAUCACGGCGUUUGCUGCAAUAAUUUGCAUCACGUAUCUCAACUGCAUAGGAACGCAUUAUGGGAUUGGCGCUGCGAAUUUCUUUCUGGUACUAAAGGUCUUUGGACUCGGAUCUAUCGCAGUCACAGGCUUCGCAAGUGCUUUCAUCAACUCCGGGUCUCAGCCAAAUCCGCAACCUAAUACGACAAUGCUAAUCUCCGAGUCCUUUCCCAUUGAAGCUCUUACGGCAUCGACGUGGCUUUGGACGAGCUUAGGCGGUUUUGCAGACGCUACUUUUGCAGCCCUUUUUGCGUAUGGAGGUUGGGAAGCAAUCAGUUUUGUCAUUGGAGAGAUGAAAGAGCCUCAUUCUACACUACCUAAAGUGCUCAAUAGUUCGAUGGCUAUUGUGGUGACACUUUUUGUCGCAGCAAACAUUGCCAUUUACAAUACGCUGCCGCUGGAAAUUUUGGAGAAGACAAAUGCAGUUGCAAUUGCAUUUGGAAUGAAAGCGCUAGGACGCCCUGGAGCUUUAUUUUAUGCCUGGAUUGUUUGUCUAUCUUGCCUCGGGGCCUUGAAUGCAAUCGUCUUCUCAGCAGGUCGUCUUACUCAAGCUGCCGGAGCCCGCCAAUAUAUUCCGUCUUUCCUCAACAGCGCCAAUAAUUCUAAAGCGACUAGAGCUCAAAGUCCUCACAUACAUGCUCGGCGCAACAUUCCUAACGACGACAAAGCCCAGAAUGUUCCACUUAAUGCGAUGGCAUUCAAUGCUACAGUCGCUUCUAUGUACGUAUUAGUAGGCAGCUUCAGGGGCCUUUUGACUUUUAAAGGCAUGAUCGAAUAUGUCGUCUACCUAACCACGGUGUCUGGCCUUCUGUUCCUUCGUUUUCGACGUCCUCUAGACGCCAAUACACUCGGCCAAAUGUACCUGACGCCGAUAAUCAAUCCCAUAGUGUUUUGCAGCGUUGCUAGUUUAAUGGUCAUUCGGAGUGCCAUAGCACAUAUGAUACAAGCACUUAUCAUCCUUCUUAUUUUGGGCGCAGGCAUUCUUGUAUAUCGAUCGCGCUGGUGGCGCUCGCUCGUUGCAAUCAGGCCUGCAGAUUCAGUUUGAUGGGACGAUCAAUCAUGAUAGUUAUAUCUCAUAUUCGAGAAUGGACAUAACUAAUGAAAAUGCGAUUUUGAUCUGAUGAUCGGGUCUC